AUGAAUCAUAUUCAUUUUCAAUCUACACCACCGCCACCUCCUCAUCCUCCGUGGUUUCCGAUAUUACCCUCAGAACCACCGAAUUCAGCUUCCUUUUGGGAGAACAGAAAUGUCUGCGAUCGCCUCAGGGAGUUGCAGCACAUUAUCAAUCUCGCAAAGGCAAUGCAGAAGGAGCUGGAGAUGUUGAUGGUGAUAAGAGAUGGUAAAGAGGCUUUAGAAAAUGUGAAACUUGCCACAAGUGAACCUUGCCUUUCUGGUUUUCUAAAAUGUAUUGAAGACAGAGGGGUUAGUGUAGAAUCCCAAGAAUCAUUUGCUGUGGAAGCUGCAAAUUCUUUGAUGUCAAAGCUGAGAGCUUUGCUGGAGCCAUUCCGGUACGUUGCGGAUGAGGCAAGUCCAUGGGAGGAGAAAUCAGCUGUGGCUAAGCUUGCAAAUAAAUUGAACAAGUCUAAACGGAAUAAACUAUGGAGGAAGAAAAAGAGGAAACGGGUUGCCGAAAUGAUUGCAAAGGAGCGUGAGCAAUUUGAACAAAUUGACCGAGAAGCCGAUGAAUGGGUUGCUAGGGAGAAGGCCAAGGAAAUUGCUAACAGUAAGGUACUGAAGAUGAAAGAAAUUGCGAAGUCUAAAGCCAAAGAAGAGAAGAAGAAACUAGAGGCUGAGCUUGAGCUGCUCUUGGUGGUGGAGAAGCUUCAGGAGUUGCGCUCCAUAAGAAUACAAAGGUUGAAAAAACAAGGCCAUUUUCUCCCAGAGGAGGAUGACAAGUUUCUUGAGAGAGUUCAAGCUGCAGUGGAAGAAGAGGAACGUGAAGCUUUGGCUGCAGUUGAAGCAGAUGCUGCUAAAGAUGCAAUUGCAACUGCUGAGGAAUCCAGGAAAGCUAUUCAGAAUCAAGGGAAUGAUAGCGAAGUAAAGGAGAGCAAAGACAAAAUAGUUCCAAGUGUGACUGAAGAGGGAUCUGGUGCAGUUGAUGAGAAUAAAUCCAGUAAAAUAGGACAGACCAGUGGAGGAGCAUACGAUCCUUUGGCAAAUUUACCCAUUGAGUUUUACCAUUAUUAUCAUGGAAGCAACAAUGAUAUGGGUACACUUAUUGAGGUUAGAAGAGGGUGGGAUGCCUAUAUCAGACCAGGAGGAAGCCGCAUACCAGGGCACUGGGUUCAGCCUUCUCCUCCAGCUAAUGAGAUAUGGGCAUCUUACUUGGUGAGGCCUAAGUGA